UCCGGCCUCGGAGGCCGGCGUCGGCUGUUGUAGACUGCUGCGCGCCCAGGGGUCCCGCGGGUUUUCGGGCGCAGGGUGGCGCCCGCGGCAGGCAGCGGCCAUGAAUUUCUCCGAGGUGUUCAAGCUCUCCAGCUUACUCUGCAAGUUCUCCCCGGACGGCAAGUACCUGGCUUCCUGUGUCCAGUACCGCUUAGUGGUUCGGGAUGUGAACACCCUUCAGAUCCUUCAGCUGUACACGUGCCUAGACCAGAUCCAGCACAUCGAGUGGUCGGCAGACUCGCUCUUCAUCCUGUGCGCCAUGUACAAGCGAGGGCUGGUGCAGGUCUGGUCUUUAGAGCAGCCUGAAUGGCACUGCAAGAUAGACGAGGGCUCAGCCGGGCUGGUGGCCUCGUGCUGGAGCCCCGACGGGCGCCACAUUCUCAACACCACGGAAUUCCAUCUGCGGAUAACCGUCUGGUCCUUGUGCACAAAAUCUGUAUCUUACAUCAAAUACCCGAAAGCUUGUCUGCAGGGAAUCACCUUCACCAGGGACGGCCGCUACAUGGCGCUGGCAGAACGGCGCGACUGCAAAGAUUACGUGAGCAUCUUCGUCUGCAGUGAUUGGCAGCUCCUGCGGCAUUUUGAUACAGACACCCAGGAUCUCACAGGGAUUGAGUGGGCCCCAAACGGCUGUGUGCUGGCAGUGUGGGACACCUGCUUGGAGUACAAGAUUCUGCUGUACUCAUUGGACGGUCGGUUGUUGUCCGCAUUCAGCGCUUACGAGUGGUCCCUGGGCAUCAAGUCUGUGGCCUGGAGUCCCAGCAGUCAGUUCCUGGCAGUUGGGAGCUACGAUGGAAAGGUGCGCAUCCUUAAUCACGUGACUUGGAAAAUGAUCACGGAGUUUGGGCAUCCUGCAACCAUUAAUAAUCCCAAGAUAGUGGUGUAUAAGGAGGCCGAGAAGAGCCCACAGCUGGGGCUGGGCUGCCUCUCCUUCCCGCCCCCCCGGGCCGGGGCCGGCCCUCUCCCAAGCUCAGAGAGUAAAUAUGAGAUCGCCUCUGUCCCAGUCUCCUUACAGACGCUGAAACCUGUUACUGACAGAGCAAACCCGAAAAUCGGCAUAGGAAUGCUGGCAUUUAGUCCUGACAGCUACUUCCUGGCGACAAGGAACGACAACAUCCCCAAUGCCGUCUGGGUCUGGGACAUUCAGAAGCUGAGGCUGUUCGCGGUGCUCGAGCACCUGUCCCCAGUGCGCGCGUUUCAGUGGGACCCGCAGCAGCCGCGGCUGGCCAUCUGCACGGGAGGCAGCAGGCUCUACCUGUGGUCCCCAGCGGGCUGCAUGUCAGUGCAGGUGCCUGGGGAAGGCGACUUUGCAGUGCUUUCUCUGUGCUGGCAUUUAAGCGGAGACUCGAUGGCCCUCCUCAGUAAGGAUCACUUCUGCCUCUGCUUCCUGGAGACGGAGGCAGCGGUCGGCACAGCCUGCAGACAGCUGGGCGGCCACACGUAGCAGCGAUGCACUAACGUGUGCAGAAAUGGGGCUACUCUGUGUGUUUCCAGUGUGGGAAAAAACACAGAGCUUCACCAGGAGGUUCUCCAUCUGUGGUGGUCCGGAUUCAGUGAUUGAUUCUAUUUUUCUAUAGCAAAGCAUUUUUGUAAAUAUGUAUGGUAUAAAACUGUAGUUUUAUUAUUUAAAAUAAAUACUUGCUGAUUCAUACAACU